GCCAGGCGACGUAGCGCGACUUCCGGUUCCGGCGAGGCGCGGAGCUCCGAGAGACGGCUCGCCGCGAUGCCCCUGCACAAGUUUCCGGUGGUUCUGUGGAAGCAGCUCCGGCUGCGGGAGGGCAUCUGCUCCCGCCUGCCCGAGCAUUACCUGCGCUCCCUGGAGGAGCAGCGGACGCCCACUCCUGUGCACUACAGGCCACACGGGGCCAAGUUCAAAAUCAGCCCCAAAAACGGGCAGCGGGAGCGCGUGGAGGACGUGCCCAUUCCCAUUCACUACCCGUCGGAGUCCCAGCGUGGGCUCUGGGGCGGCGAGGGCUGGAUCCUGGGCCACAGAUACAUCAACAACGACAAGCUCUCGAAGAGGGUGAAGAAGGUGUGGAAGCCACAGUUGUUUCAGCGUGAGCUCUACAGUGAGAUCCUGGACACGAAGUUCUCCGUGACCGUGACCAUGCGCACCCUGGACCUCAUCGAUGAGGCCUACGGGUUCGACUUCUAUAUCCUGAAGACUCCGAAGGAGGACCUGUGCUCCAAGUUUGGGAUGGACCUGAAACGAGGCAUGCUGCUGCGACUUGCCCGCCAAGACCCUCAACUGCACCCCGAUGAUCCCGAGAGGAGGGCAGCCAUCUAUGACAAGUACAAGGAGUUUGUCAUCAAGGAGGAGGAGGCUGAGUGGGUCGGCCUGACGCUGGAUGAGGCUAUGGAGAAGCAGAGACUCCUGGAGGAGAAGGACCCCGUUCCUCUGUUCAAGGUCUACUUGGAGGAACUGAUUGAGCGGCUUCAGCAACAGGCCCUGUCUGAGCCAGCGGUGGUGCAGAAGACAGCCAGCGGGAAGUGACUGCAGAAUGACUGACCCGUGCCUGACAGCCAGGCUCAGCGUCCUGUGUUGUCCCAUGGCCUCCCCCACCCCUCUGCCCCUUGGCACCAUGGACACAGUCUUGGGCGGUGGUGAGAGCCACUCAUGGGCAGUGAGUGAACCAUUCUAGUGUGUGCUGGCUGCGCGGCUCCUGGGUGUGAUGGGCUUUGUGGAGGUCCUAAGCGAUCCCAGGGUCCCCAGAGGCCUGGGGCUAUCUUCACUGCCUCUGAGGUCCCCCUCCCCUUGCAGCGGAGGCCCAGCCGAGGCAGUGUUAUCACACUGGCGACAGCAUGAGUAAAGUCUGAGCUGGGCGGUGUGUGUGCUGCUUUGCUUGGAGGACCAGAGCUUUUCUGUGUAUUUCUUAAAAUGGCUGAGGGGUGCCGGGUUCCCCUGAGGGGCGAUGUGGAAGCGACAACACCUGAGUUGUGUUCCUGGUGGUGGAGCCCGGGGGGAGUGUGCAUCUGGCCGAUGGGAACAGCUGCAGGAGGGCCCCGGAGAUCCCAUGAUUCAUGAGGUCAUUGAGGGCCAGGGCCUGCUUUGGAUUCAGGCCCUGGGGGGCGUGCCCCAAACUCCCAUCAUAGCUGGGCACAGUGUUACUCUCCUCCAGGAGUGUCCUUAUGCUUCCCACCCGUGAGUGAUUUCUCAUGUAAUGUCCCUCCUUUGUGAACAGUUUUUGAUUUAUAAAACAUUUUACCAAAA